UACCCAAUCACGUCUAUGCUUUGUCUUUCACGCCCGUAACCCACGUGCGUAACCCACCCUGAUUGACAGAUGCUGCCAAUUUAUCUAAAACCCGGGGAAAUCAAGCACAGUGUAGCCUACUAUCAAACGUAAACUGCGGCACAAAGUCUGAGUGCUAAGCUUAUUCAGUGUAAAUAAAUAAAUGUCAUGGAUGACGAAGCGUCAAUGGAGGGGUAUUUUCGGGAGGCUGUAAAUGACCCCACUGAUUACAUGUUUGAGGGGGACAUGGGCUUGCAGGGCCCAUUGCAGCUCCAAGACCCCUCCUUCCUCGCAUCCAUAAGUGGGGAACAGGAUAAGGACCUAUCUGAGGACCUGGACCUCAGCUUCCUGCCCGAUGAGCUCAGCACACAGGACGAGCCAGUGCAAAACUCGUCACAGCAUGCAGCCCUGCAUCAGCAGACUCUCAACGACAGUGGUGUUUACACAGAUGCACCUGAGGAGGCGACGGCAGUGGCCGCGACCGGGCAGAAUGGACAGGUCCCACCUGUGGCUUCUCCCUUCGGCUCUCUUUCCAUGAGCCCAAUGACACCCAUGGCCCCCAUGACGCCACUAACAGAGAGCUCCAAAAUCAUCCCACAGCUUCAGAACAUUGUGUCAACAGUGAAUUUGGAUUGCCGCCUUGACCUAAAGUCCAUUGCACUCCAAGCCAGAAAUGCUGAAUACAAUCCUAAGCGUUUCGCUGCUGUCAUCAUGAGGAUCAGGGAUCCCAGGACAACAGCACUCAUCUUCAGCUCAGGAAAGAUGGUCUGCACUGGAGCCAAGAGCGAAGAAGCGUCCAGGCUUGCUGCCCGCAAGUAUGCUCGUGUGGUGCAGAAGCUGGGUUUCCCAGCCAAAUUCCUUGACUUCAAGAUCCAGAACAUGGUGGGAAGCUGUGACGUCCUGUUCCCCAUCCGACUCGAGGGCCUGGUGCUAACUCACCAACAGUUCAGCAGCUAUGAGCCAGAGCUCUUCCCAGGUUUGAUCUACAGGAUGGUGAAGCCGCGCAUCGUACUGCUCAUCUUCGUGUCGGGCAAAGUGGUACUGACAGGCGCCAAAGAGCGAACUGAGAUUUAUGAAGCAUUUGAACACAUCUACCCAAUUCUAAAAGGAUUCAGAAAACAGUAAAGAUGGUUUGCACUUAUUUGAAGAGGAUGGACUUGUGUGUGUGUGUGUGUGUGUAGCCUACACUUAAUGGGUAGCAAGUUGUAUUGCAGAAGUGAGAGCACUUGAAGUGUUAAUCUGUUCCUUUUCAGUUUUGUAAACAUCGGUAUAGAUUUUUUUUAAUAACGUCAUAUUUAGUGCAUUGAUAACAUUGUUUUGUGGAUGUAUGGAUUACCUGUUUCUGUUGUGAUUUUCUUUUGUUUAAACUUGAAAAUGUAUAAUAUUUAAUAAACAAUGCUAAAGAAAGAUAUUGGACUGUGAAGUUUGGCAGUAGU